AUGACACUAAAGGUUUUCCAGAAUGACUGCUUGAAAGGCAGUGACAUGGAUGACAAGAAGUACACAGUACAUAACUCAUUCCUCCCUGGGUUCCGUUUGGGGGCCGUCUCCCUGGACAGGUGCGGCAAUACCGCUUACGUACUGGAACAGCUCGCGGACUUUGUCCAAAGCUUGGUGUCUCGAAUAAGCGGACCAGACGACGACGGACUGUCGUACACGUGCCAAGACGGGACCAAACCCGAGCUUGUGCCGGGCCCAGUGGACUUCCACAAGAUGGUCGGGGUGGUAGGAGGGUCAUCAAGUACAGUGUCUAUAUAUGUGGCUAAUUUGCUGCAGUUAUUCAAAGUGCCACAGAUCAGCUACGCUUCCAGCAGCCCCGACCUUAGCGACAAGAAGAGAUUCCCAUAUUUCCAGCGAACUGUGCCAUCUGACGCCAACCAGGCGCGAGCGAUUGUGGAGCUUCUGACACAUAAUAAAUGGACGUUCAUAUCAGCGCUCUACUUAGACAACCACUACGGACGGGGGGGAUUCAGUGAGCUUGAGAAGAGAGCAGAGGAUGCCGGGAUAUGCUUUGCCCUGCGUCGUGUGGUGGAGGACGCAAAUUUGGGGAUUGACUAUUACAAAAUGUUGGUCGAGGAGUUGCUUGAAAAACAGGAUGCGAGAGUGGUAGUUCUCUACCUGUACACUGCACAGGUCAGACCUCUUUUCGAGGCCGUGGACGCCAUGAUGAGUAAGAAACGCGAAAGUCUCACCAAACUGAUCUGGAUAGGCACCGAUGCCUGGAGCGCCAGCCAGAGUGUGGUAGAGGGACUGGAACACGUGGCGGAGAAUGCAAUCGCCACACAACCGAUGGCGGCUAUAUUACCUGGAUUUGAUGACUACUUUACCAAUUUGAACCCUGGAAACAACAAGAGAAACCCGUGGUUUUCUGAAUUCUGGGCCGAUCAUUUUAAUUGCAAUUAUGGUGGCUACCCCAUCGAUGAUGUACUGAAUGAAACGAGACAAGAAUGCACAGGGAGUGAAAAGAUAGACCUAUCAUCAGGCUACACGCAGCAGUUGGACUUACACUUUGUACACGACGCCGUGUACGCGUUCGCCCACGCACUGAAGAAUAUGCACAGCGCGUAUUGCGGCCCAAACUUCAAGGGUUUAUGUCAUGCAAUGACACCGGAGAACCUGAACAGGACAGCUCUGCUGCACUUUAUCAAGACAGUGAAUUUUACUAAAGAAGCGACAGGUCAGGAGUUUACCUUUGUCAAUGGUAUAGACGGUCAACCUCAGUACACUUAUAUGCACUUUAAGAAGUUCAACAGUUCGGAAUAUCGCUGGAGUAUUGUGGGGAACUAUUCAGGUGGCAAAGGAAGCCCAAUUAUGGAACUGAGCCCGGCCUUCCUGCAGGACCUGAAACUGUAUCCUGGCUCCAGCUGCAGAGAAGAAUGCUUGCUGGGACAGAAGAAGGACCACGUGCAAGACAACUCCUGUUGCUGGGUGUGUACCAACUGCACGGAAAACCAGUUUCUCCCCCAUCCAGAAGAAUGUGAGACCUGCGACCUUGGCACGUGGCCCAACAGAGAGUACAACGCGUGCGAGCCACUUCCGCUUACGCAUAUGAGUCACUUGAGCGCGUGGGCUAUUGGACCAUGCGUGUUUGCUGUGGUCGGCAUGGUCCUGUGUAUUGUGAUUGGCAUUGUGUUCUACGUGUACCGUGACACGCCCGUCAUCAUGGCGUCGGGCAGAGAGCUCAGCUACGUUCUUUUAGCAGGAAUAUUUCUGUCGUAUUCGUCUCCCUUGAUCUUUGUUGCCAAGCCCAGUCCCAUCACGUGCGCCCUCACGCGCAUCCUUCUAGGCGUCUGCUACACUGUCUGCUAUGCCGCCAUCUUAACCAAAACCAACCGAAUUGCUCGUAUCUUCUUCCACGACGCAAGCUCAACAACCAAGACCAAGUUUACUGAUCAGAAGUCGUGUUUGAUGAUCGUCUUCUUUUUCACAUUGGUGGAGCUGAUUAUUUUGGCGGUGUGGAUGAUAUUAGUUCCGCCCGAAGCAGACCACAUCUACCCUACCAAGAGAGAGAACAUCCUUAUAUGUGCUGGUGGUGACGGCUUCGAUUACCUCCUAGCUCUAGCCUACCCUUUCCUGCUCAUUAUCCUCUGCACCGUGUAUGCCGUUAAGACAAGAAAAACCCCAGACGGGUUCAACGAGGCCCGCUACAUCGCCUUUACCAACUACACCACGUGUGUCCUAUGGCUGGCAUUCGUCACCAUGUACAUAGCCACGCCCACUCACGACAUCCGGGUCUUCACCAUGUGCAUGGCGGUAGCACUGAGCGGGACGGUUCAACUGGUCUGUCUCUUUAUGCCCAAGGUGUAUACAGUGCUGUUACACCCGGAGAAGAAUACCAGGCAAGCUGUAAUGACAAAGAAAAAAUCCACUAUCAUCACAAGUACCGGUACUUCAGGAGGGAAAGGCAGCUUUAGUCAGAAAACCCAUGAAAAGAUUUCAGAUAGCGUCCGCCUUGCAAUCCCAGCGACAGACAACUGCAGCUCUGGAAUCAUGUCCGUGGAUUCUGCCCUCAACUUAUCCCAAACCAUAGAUGCCAAAGGGCACCGCAGCACACCGCGCUGUGUAUCUAUCCAAGAGAUACAAACCACGGUUGAAACACACGCUGUCACAAACCAGCCACACGGCGCACUUCUUACAGAGAAACACGGCACUGAUUUUUCGGACACUGCACGUGAACAGAAAGAACAAGAGCUGAAGAGAACAUCUGGUAUCUUUGGUGGAGGGCAGCAUUGGCGGUAUCAUCCAAGGAUACCUGGAGCCAAGGACACAUUUUCUAACCCGCCGCUUUAUACAUCGCGGUCAAAACCCAGUUCACUGUAUGUGAUCCCACUUGGUGACGACACAGUAAGAUCUCACGUCACAAGCACAUCACGCACAGAUUCACGUAGUAUGCACGUUAACAGAACAGAGGAAGAUCUUUCAAGGUUGAGGUCACUGCGACAAAUACAUUCCGCGCCAAACUCUAGACCAGGGUCGCCCUAUGACACCAUGCUAUGGCAAAUCGAAAAGCUAAGUGGCUCGCACUACCAGUUAAACCUUUAAAUUGAAGGAGGCGUAAAAACCUUCCAAUAAUGAAGAUAACUUUUUCCAUGUUUUCUCCGGAAAUAUCGACAAAAAGAAAGGGAAGUCUUAAGUCACUCUUUUGCUUACGAAACAGUUACAAACAUAUCAUAAGCUCGAAUGAAAUUGGACUUUGAGAAUGCUAAUACAGAAGGUUUUCAAAGAAACACAGAUUUUGAAGUUUUAAAUUCAUAAUAUACAAUUUUAAAUAAAGAUUUAAAUUUGCGAGAAAGACGCUGGUACGUGUAGACUGAGCUUUUACAUAUGAAGUACACCUAACAAAACAAUGUAAAUAUUUUAUUGUAUUGUAAAGCUGUUAGUGCUCAUUGAUGUUGUAUUAUAACGUCCACCAUGCUGUCAACAACUACGUAUUUGUGAACGAUGAAGACCGUUUUUCUAUGUAAAAAUAUGAGCGGUGCGGUGAAAAACCCAAGGUAAUUUGUACCUCGUUGUUGGUCUUUUUAGAUGGUUUUACAUGUAUACAUGUACCACUGUGCUCGCUUAAAUUUCAUUAUAGAUUCAACAGAAAUCACGACCUUAAGGAGUGUGUGGUGUGCAAUCAAGGUACAUAUCAAAUUUAUUUGAAAUUAAUCAUUUUCUUAAAUCAAACAAAAGUCAAACAUU